GCUCAGGCCCUUCGAUUCGAAGGGCUUCAGCCGCAAGCUUAGUUCGUCCGAAGCCGUGCUUGGCCGGGCCUUUCAAUCUGCCAUGGGCAGCUGUGAGUCGUUCUUCUUUGGUCCAGAGCCCGACGAAGUGAACGGCGCGAAUGGGCCGAUCCGAAAAGGCAUGAGAGUGCAAACUCAGUGGACCAUCGCAGAAGGAGGCGAUGGCCGAUGGUACAUGGGCACCAUCAAAAGGCUCUACAAUGGCAACAAGUGCAAAAUCAACUACGACGAUG